CUCGUCACGCCACUGAAAAAUCCGCUUGCAUCACAGGCACACCGAAACAGAGUAGAGUGAUCUUUGUUUCCCAUGGCGACCGCGACUGAGGAAGUUGCACCGGUCGUUGCCGAGGUGCCGGCGCCGGAGAAGGUGGAGGAAGUGAAGGAAGCGGGCGCUGUGGAGGCGCCGGAGAAGGUGGAGGAGGAGCCGAAGCCGGCGGCGGAGGAGGGGAAGAAGGCAGAGGAGGCGGAUGGGAAGAAGCCCGAGGAGGUGGAGAAGAAGGUGAAGAAGCCGCGGAGCAGGAAGCCCAAGUCCGCCGGGCCGCACCACCCGCCCUACUUCGAGAUGAUCAAGGAGGCGAUCCUGUCGCAGGACGGCAAGGCGGGGGCGAGCCCGUACGCGAUCGCCAAGCACAUGGGGGAGAAGCACCGGGACGUGCUCCCGGCCAACUACCGCAAGGUGCUGGCCGUGCAGCUGCGCAACUUCGCCGCCAAGGGCCGGCUCGUCAAGGUCAAGGCCUCCUUCAAGCUCGCCGCGGCCGAGGAGAAGAAGCCCGCCGCCGCGAUGGCGAGGGCGAAGGCGCCGGCGGCGGGCAAGCGCAAGAGGGCGGCGGCGUCCGCCGCGCCCGCCAAGAAGAAGAAGCCGGCCGCCCCCGCGGAGGCGAAGAAGGCGCGCGCGAAGCGGGCCAGGAAGGCGGCGCCGGCGCCGGCGCAGCCGAUGCCGAAGCCGAAGCAGGCGGCCAGGCCCGUCCGCGCCGCCGUAGCCAGGAAGGCGGCGAACAAGGCCAGCGCCUGAUCAACCGCCAGCGCCAGCGCCGUGUCGUCUUGGUCCCCGUGUCUGCGCGCCGCCGUCCGUGUAUAGCUGGUAGUAGCUGCAGUAGUGAAUUAGUAGUAGCGAGCACUCCGGUGCAGUAUCGGUCGUCUCCGCCGUGUGUGUGACGGCGUGUUGUAAAUACCGGAACCAGUGAGGUGUGAUGGGAAUAAGCGCGCGCUUUAGCUUCUGCUGGUGCUCGGAAGAAGAACCGAUCUCAGUGUAGUGUAGUGAUCUGCUAGCUGAGUAUUGAGUGUGUGACGAUGCUUGAUGAGAUCAUCGUGCUAGUUCAAUCA